GGGACCCAGGCAUUGUGCCCAUCCCCCCUGCCAUGUGGGAACUGCGGUCAGCCUCCUUCUGGAGGGCCAUAUUUGCUGAGUUCUUUGCCACCCUCUUCUAUGUCCUCUUUGGGCUGGGGGCCUCACUGCGUUGGGCCCCUGGACCCCUGCAUGUCUUGCAGGUGGCUCUGGCCUUUGGUCUGGCCCUGGCUACACUGGUGCAGGCUGUGGGCCACAUCAGUGGAGCCCAUGUCAAUCCUGCAGUCACUUUUGCUUUUCUUGUGGGCUCCCAGAUGUCUCUGCUCCGUGCCUUCUGCUAUAUGGCAGCCCAACUCCUAGGAGCCAUGGCUGGGGCCGCCGUGCUAUAUAGUGUUACCCCACCUGCCGUCCGAGGAAACCUAGCACUUAACACGUUGCACCCAGGGGUGAGUGUAAGCCAGGCCACCACGGUGGAGAUCUUCCUGACGCUGCAGUUCGUGCUCUGCAUCUUUGCCACAUAUGACGAGAGACGGAAUGGUCGCCUGGGCUCUGUGGCCCUGGCUGUUGGUUUCUCCCUCACCCUGGGGCACCUCUUUGGGAUGUAUUAUACUGGUGCAGGCAUGAACCCUGCCCGCUCCUUUGCUCCUGCCAUUCUCACCAGAAACUUCACCAACCACUGGGUGUACUGGGUGGGCCCAAUCAUUGGAGGGGGCCUGGGCAGUCUCCUCUACGACGUUCUCCUCUUCCCCAGGCUCAAGAGUGUUUCUGAGAGACUGUCUAUUCUCAAGGGUACCAGGCCCAGUGACUUCAAUGGACAACCAGAGGGCACAGGAGAACCUGUCGAAUUAAAGACCCAGGCCCUGUAAAAGCUCCAGUUGUACUGAGAGAGUAGGAGGCUUUUGGGUUUAUGUGGAGGGGCUAAGUCAGCCCCUGGAUGAAGAAAGGGACUGUGGGGAGGGGCAUAUACUUC